AUAUAUAUAUAUAUAUAUAUAUACCUUUAUUCAUAUAUUGUAUUGAACAAAAAAUAUACUGUACUUGAGUAAACGUGAUAUUCCAUCGGCCAGCCUCCACAAACCUACGAAAGAGUAUACAUUAAACUUUCCAUUCACGAGAUUACAUUGUUCACUAGUUGGUACAUACAUGGAUGUUACAGCACGUGUGUUCUUCACGUGAUUCAUCAGUGUAAUAUGAGCAGGCCAGGACAAACAGGCGAUUGAUUACACUGUAGGAGGGAGAACAGCUGACGGUUGACGGAGAGUAAGCGUGGUACAGACGAGUGUGACCUUAGAUAGUCAUCUUCACUCAGACGGAGGGCCUCCGUAGCCGAGUGGUUAGAGCAUCGCGCUCAAAAUGACACGGCCUCUCACCUCUUUUCGAAUCCCGCUCGUGCCGAAGAAAAACAGAUGGAAUAUUUCACUCGUGUACGUAUAUUACUCGUGUUAUCAUUGGUCGCAGAGACAUGUGCAUCAGAUCAGUCGUAUGCCCUCUGUGGUGGUCAAAAGGGUUUUAUACGUUGUCUGAAAGGAACCAAAAUUCAGAUUCUAACCGCCAGUUACGGACGAACAGAUCCCAUGCUGUGUCCCGAUGGUAAAACAGAUACACGAACGUGUCAUUCAAAAACAUCGGAACUGAAGGUCAAAUGGAACUGUAAUGGGUACAGGACAUGUCAUCUUCAGGCCACUGACCAGAACUUCGGGGAUCCGUGUCCUAGCUAUUCCAAAUAUCUGGAGGUCAAGUAUCGUUGCGUGAAGACCCCAAAUCUACAUCCUACAGAGAAAACAAUCAUCGCCUUUAAUGCGUACACCACCAAACGUUUGCACCUAAAUCCAAAUUCUCCUAUCAAUGUUGUUUAUGAUGGCGUCCAUCUCAACAGAGGAAUGGCCUACAAUCGUCAUAGUGGAAUCUUCACAGCGCCCUCUGACGGACUGUAUAUUUUUACAUGGACAAGUUUGGUGCUCUCUAAAAAAAUCUUUGACACAAAUAUUCUUGUCAAUGGAAUUCAUAAAGGCUACUCAAAUUGUAAUAAUCGUAAUAAUCCAGGGUUUGGAAACUGUGCCAAUACUGUACCACUGAUUCUCAAAACUGGUGACAAGGUCAACAUCCGUACAACCACCGCUGACAAUUUGUUUGCAAAUUGGUCGAGUUUCAAGGGAUGGAAAGUGUAAAAUAUAUAAUAAAGAGAAUUUUAAAGAA